GGGCGAACCGUGGGAAUCAAAACAAAGAACAACAAAUCCGGCCAGAGGAAAUCCGGCGAAAAGUUUCUCGAUAAUUUUUUUAUUUUCCCUCGAACGCCGGUUUGUGGCGAAUAAUCCAGUAAAAUGAGCUCUUUUUUAGCUUCCAUGUUUCCGUUGUUGAGGCGAACAGCAGCAUCACAAACACUUGUUGUUCGGAAUUAUGCAACACCGAAAGCCGGAGGAGCACUUGGUGGAUCAAAGAAGAAGAAACUCGGAAAGCUUGGACCCGUAGUUGAGAAGAAAGUUAUACCGGUCGAAACGGAUGCAAACCGGCUGGUGAAUUACGUUUGCGGUAGCAACAUCCUGAAGCAAGGAGACGACAUAAAACUGAAGCCCGAUUCGGAGUAUCCGGCGUGGUUGUGGACGAUGCACGUUGGUCCUCCGCUCACACUGGAAGAGAUGGACCCGGAUACGAAGGCCUACUGGCGCAAAUUGCGGCGAAUGGCACUACAACGUAACAACAAACUGGCCAAACUUAAAAAGUUCUAGUCGCCGGUAAACUGUGGCUUUUAUUAGAAAGAUAAACGGAAGAGGGUAAGAGAACAAAAUAUGUAAUAAAUGAUCGAAAUCCA